AUGAACAACAAAAUAGAGGAGGUCCCACAACAACAUGAACAACAGCAGGACAAUCCAGAUCUACAUGAAGAACUACAGAAUUUCCAUGAACUGCAAGAAGAAAUAGAGGAGGUCCCACAACAACAUGAACAACAGCAGGACAACCCAGAUCUACAUGAAGAACUACAGAAUUUCCAUGAACUGCAAGAAGAAAUAGAGGAGGUCCCACAACAACAUGAACAACAGCAGGACAACCCAGAUCUACAUGAAGAACUACAGAAUUUCCAUGAACUGCAAGAAGAAAUAGAGGAGGUCCCACAACAACAUGAACAACAGCAGGACAACCCAGAUCUUCAUGAAGAACUGCAGGAGACCUUACCCAACAUUGCUCAAGAUGAGGGAGUGAGGGCGUCCAACUCGGUGCCGGCGUCUCCGCAGAUCGCUCCAAGCGUCGCCGAGGGAACGGAGAAUGCCGCCACCCAAUCGCCAUCUGACAUGACCAGUCAACCACCACCCGCCGCCACCAACCUGGAAAAACGCAAUAUUACCUUAGACUCUUCAGUUGGCUGUGUUACAAAUCACCUAAUGAAUGAUUCCUCGAGUGAGUUUAAACUCAUGAUCAACCAAGCCAUGGCAGAGUUGAUGAAAGAGAUAAAAGCAAGCCAGGAUAAAGGGGAAGAAAAUACCAAAAUCAUACAAAAAGAUGUCAAAGCUGUACAAGGAAGUGUGGAAAAAAUGGAAGAGAAAGUUGAGGGAAAAUUCUCUGAAUUCAAGGAGGAAAUGAAAAACAUGAUAGACAUUAAAAUAGAUACACAAUCUACAAUCAUCAAAAAAUUAGAAACCCGUAUAGAUGAUGUCACCUGUCAGGUAAACGAACGGUUGGAUGAUGUACCAAAGGAAGUUAAAAAACAGGUGGACGUAUUGGGUAAGGAGCUAGGCACCACUAUCAUGGGAACUGUUAUGGAACAGGUGUUAGAAAACAAGGGCAAGAUAGAGUCAAAAGUGGAGGAAAAUAAUAAUAAAAUAGCGAAAAUAGUCAAGGAGCAGAGUAACGUGCAGACAGGCAUAGCAAAUUUAGCGGAAGAGGGGGCAAAAUCACGUGAGAGAUACAGCAUGUUGGAGAAUGCUAUAGGCGGACAGCAAUUGAAGCUAACCGGAUUGAACGAUUCACCGAAAAUAUUAUUAUUGGAAGAACAGAAACCAACACCAAAAACCGCCGCCCACCAUGAAAUUAAAACACCCCGCAAGCAUCAGCCUCUAUUAGGCAUACUAUUCCCCACUGAAGAACCAUCACCGCAGGAAGAGCUACCCGCCACCGAGGAACAACCAGGUUACAGUGAAGGAAUUAUGUAA